AUGUCGGUGGCCUACGGGGAGAAUCCCCGGUCUACUGCUGCCUUGUCUACUAUGCAGCAGCCUGGGCUCUUUGAUUCUGAUCCCAUCGAGAACGGUAAUCGACAAAAGUCGGAACCCGACUACGAUUCCGGUUUUGACUCGAUGCGCGACACUCCCGAUAUGAAAGCAAACUACAUACGUUCCGAAAUCGAACUGGACAAUCUUGACGGGGAUGAUGGUGACGAUGAUGAUGAUACUAUGGACGUAACCGAUGCUUUGCUGCGGGCGACAUCAAAAUCGAACUCAAAUUCGAAAUCACAAGCACCACUGCAGAAACACCAGCAUGUCCUCUCGCCGCACCCUUUAUUCCCCCCGCUCCCGACAUACGGCCAACCAACGACGUUCCGGGCCCUGCAGUGGUUCGCGAUACGCUGCGUUUCGUUUGUUCUCUCGUUGCUGCUGCUGAUAUUGGUUGUGGUUGGGGCUGUGGCACAAUGGGGCCGGGUGUUUGCAUCUGAUAUUCGGAUGCGGUGGAAUGGAGAGAAUCCGCAUGCGCCUAGGAAGUUUUAUGUGGAGGAAUGGGAGAGGGAGUCGGAGAGACAACAUGCGGAGUUGAAAUGGAAAAGGCGACAGGGGAAGAAAGAUAUUAUUGAGGAGGAAGAGGAGGAGGAAGAAGGACCUGAUGAAUGUCCCCCGCUAGAAGGAGGGAAGGACCCUGUUGUCGCUGACGUCGCGUACUAUGCGCGCAGAGUUGGAUUAGACGUGGAGACGUUCAAGGUGCAGACGGAAGAUGGGUUUAUCGUUACGCUGUGGCAUGUCUAUAAUCCUCAGGAGUAUGUGCCCCUGCCGCCGGAGGAGAGGCAGGUGAGGGGACCGCAGGCGUUCACCGGUGAGCGGAACCCGCGAGUGUGCUCAGCAGGGGGCAAUCGACGGUAUCCGAUUCUGCUGAUGCACGGCCUGAUGCAGAGUGCGGGGGCUUACUGCUCCAACGAUGAUGACAGUCUGGCCUUUUACCUUUGCAAGUCGGGGUACGAUGUCUGGUUGGGGAAUAAUCGCUGCGGGCUGGGCCCGGAACAUGCCUCCCUUCCAGCGUCGGAUCCUCACAUGUGGUCUUGGAAUAUCCGACAUCUGGGCGUGCUGGACCUGGCCGCACUCAUGUCGCGGGUCCUUUACGAGACUGGAUUUGAGAAAUUGGGCCUCGUAUGCCACUCCCAAGGCACGACGCAGACUUUUGUGGCCUUGGCCAAAGAGCAGCGGCCAGAACUGGGCGAGCGUAUCUCGGUCUUUUGCGCACUCGCCCCGGCUGCUUAUGCAGGGCCCAUGCUGAAGCGGAUAUACUUCCGCUUUGUACAAUGGAUACCUAACGCUGUAUUCCGUCUGUUCUUCGGCAUCCACGCCUUCAUCCCCCUCAUGAUCACAGUGCAGAAAAUUCUCCCGUCUCGCAUAUACGGCACGCUAGGCUAUCACGUCUUCUCCUUCCUCUUCCAAUGGAGCGACGCCCGCUGGGACCGUGGCCUCCGUUCACGCAUGUUCCAAUUCGCCCCCGUCUAUGUCAGCAGCGAGAUGAUGCGCUGGUGGCUGGGUCGCGACGGCUUCGCAAAACAGGGUUGCAUCCUGUCCACUCACCAGCUCAGCUGCCAUGAAGCCGAGGAGGACCACCGCGUCGAGUCAGGAAUGACCGACGGCUGCACCCGCAGCGACACCGCCUGGUACGGGGCGCAGAUGCCGCCGGUAGCGAUGUGGAUUGCGGGGUCGGAUGACCUUGUCGACGGGCAACGGCUGCUGAGAAGGUUUUCUAAUGGACGGGAACCGCAUGUACAGGUGGUACAUGCGAAGAUGGUGGAUGAAUACGAGCAUUUGGACGUCCUCUGGGCGAUGGAUGUUAUUGAGCAGGUGGGUAAGGAGGUGCGGGAGGUGCUUUGGAAGACUAUGCCUGAGGAGGCGCGGGAGGUGUGUCGGAUGCCGCGGGGGGUAUAA